AUGUCGACCAGCGCCAACCCGAAGCCGAAGCGGCGGCGGAGGGGCCCGCCGAAGCAGGGCCCUGGGUACCCCAUGGUGGCCACCGUGGGGGCAAUGGUUGCCCACGAGGUGGGCGCCGAAGGGCCACGGAGGGACGCGAGGCAAGGACCCGCGUUCCCUAGGGUGGUCGCCGCCACGACCAGGGGAGGAGGUGCCGGUGAGCAGCGCGCUGAUGGAGUGGAGGGUUCGGCGUCGAACGCUGAUAGGAGCGCUCACGAGGCAGGUGGCGUCGAUGGCACGUACCUCACCGAGACACGGUUUGAUCAAUGUGCUAUUUCUCCACUGUCGCUCAAAGCCAUCAAAGAUGCUGGAUAUGAAAGGAUGACCCAGGUGCAGGAGGCUACUCUGCCAAUAAUUCUUCAAGGAAAGGAUGUUCUUGCAAAAGCAAAGACAGGAACAGGAAAAACAGUUGCCUUUUUGCUUCCAGCCAUCGAAGUUCUCUCUGCAUUACCUCGAUCAACUUCUAUAAAUUUGCUGGUGAUGUGCCCUACCAGGGAGCUUGCAAACCAAGUGGCUGCUGAGGCCAGGAAGCUUCUCAAGUAUCAUCGCUCACUGGGUGUGCAGGUUGUAAUAGGUGGCACACGGUUGCCUCAAGAGCAACGGAGCAUGCAAGCUAACCCAUGUCAGAUUCUUGUUGCUACCCCUGGAAGGCUUAAGGAUCAUCUUGAGAACACGCCUGGAUUCUCCACCCGAAUUAAAGGUGUGAAGGUUCUUGUUCUUGAUGAGGCUGACCGCCUGUUGGAUAUGGGAUUCAGAAGAGACAUUGAGAAAAUAAUUUCUUUCAUCCCUAAAGAGAGGCAGACACUGCUGUUUUCUGCUACUGUUUCAGAAGAGGUCCGCCAAAUUUCUCACCUUGCAAUGAGAAGGGAUUAUGAUUUCAUUAACACUGUUCAAGAGGGCGAUGAGGAGACACAUGCCCAGGUAAACCAGACGUACAUGAUUGCACCUCUUGAUCUGCACUUCCCCAUAUUGUAUGAUGUAUUGAAGAAGCAUAUUGCGGAUGAUGCAGAAUACAAAGUGAUAGUAUUCUGUACUACUGCAAUGGUUACAAAACUUGUCGCUGAGGUACUUUCCCAGCUAAAACUGAAUAUAAGAGAGAUUCAUUCCAGAAAGUCGCAAUCUGCAAGAACUAAGGUCUCAGAUGAAUUCAGGAAAUCAAAGGGUCUUAUAUUAGUCAGCUCCGACGUAUCUGCCCGUGGUGUAGAUUAUCCUGAUGUCACACUUGUCAUACAGGUUGGUCUGCCAGCUGAUAGAGAACAGUAUAUACAUAGACUCGGACGGACUGGACGGAAAGGCAAGGAAGGGCAAGGCAUCUUACUAUUGGCUCCCUGGGAAAUGCAUUUUCUUAGUACAGUUAAUGAUUUGUCAAUAUCAGAGGCUGCAACACCUUCGGUUGAUUCAAGCAUUCAGGCAGCAGUCAAUGACGCAGUCAGAAGAGUGGAGAUGAAGAGCAAGGAAUCAGCCUACCAGGCAUGGCUGGGGUACUACAACUCAAACAAGGCCAUCAGCCGAGACAAGGCCAGACUUGUGAGGCUGGCUGAAGAGUUCAGCCAGAGCAUGGGGCUUGCAGUCCCGCCAGCCAUUCCCAAACUCAUUCUACGGAAGAUGGGCCUUAGCAAUGUUCCUGGGCUCCGGUCUUCGAACCGUGGUGAUCCAAAUUCAGCAGAAUUUGACCAGUGCUUCUCUCAGCUUGGUAAACGCUGUGCUUCCACAUUGCUGCACGUUAGUGCUGGGCCAUGGAGAAUAGCAUAUUGUUUUCCUUUUGCUAAAGUUCAUCAGGAGUUUCUCAAGACGGGCCGGAUUCUGUAG